AUGGAUAAGGUUCAGGAAAGCACACAUAUUUCCCGAAUUCGUUCUUUUUUUCUUUUUGCAGUGGUAGAGCUGCCAAACAAGUCCUGGUUGGGUGAACUAGCUGCAAAUUUCAAGCUUUUAAAAGUACUAGAUCUUCAAGAUGCUCCUCUAGAUCAACUACAUGAAGAAGUGGGGAAUCUACUUCAUUUGCGAUACCUAAGUGUGAAGAAUACAAGUGUGAAGACAAUUCCAAAGUCUAUUGGUAAGCUACAAAACCUGCAAACUUUGAAUUUGAGACGCUCUCUCGUGUUUGAGCUACCAAUCGAGAUCAAUAGGCUCCAUAAGUUGCGACAUCUUCUAAGCGUUUUUUUUAACUAUGAUAUUGAUAUAAGUGUGGAUACUAUAAGAGGAGUGAAGAUAAAAGGAGGGAUAGGGCGUUUAGAACAGUUGCAAAAGUUGUUUGGUGUGGAGGCACAUGAAGAAGAAGAAGAAUGGGGCAACCUUGUUCUUAAAGAGCUGGAAAAUUUGAGGCAGUUGAGGAAGUUUGGCGUAUCCAAAGUGAGAAGAGAAAAUGGGAGGGUUCUUUGUGCUGCCAUUGAGAAGAUGAAACACCUUAGGGUUUUGGCGAUACGGGCUAAAAGUGAAGAUGAGAUUAUGGAUUUACAUUCUCUCUCUUCACCACCUGAAUAUCUUGAACGUCUCUACGUGGGGGGAUAUUUAGUGACGUUGCCAGAUUGGAUCCCAAAACUACAACAUCUAUUCGUAAUACGUCUACACUGGACAGGUUUGAACGCUAAUGCAAUAAAAUCCCUUCAAGUGUUGCCUAAUUUACUAAAGCUUGAUAUCUAUCAGGGUUAUGAUGGACAGAGAUUGCAUUUUGAGGUUGGAGGGUUUCAAAAACUUAAGGCGUUAUAUCUACAAGGCUUGAAGCGAUUGAAUUCCAUGGUAAUAGAGGAUGGAGCGUUGCAUCUUCUUGAAGAACUAUGGAUUGGGCCUAGCCCGCAACUGAAGGAGGUACCCUAUGGCUUCCACCACCUCAAAAGACUCGCAGCUCUUUCCUUUUAUGACAUGCCAAUAAAGUUCUUAGGUAGAAUGCAACCGGACGAAGGAGAAGACUUUUGGAUUAUUCAGCAUAUACCCGAUAUCAAGUUUUCGUUCAAGUCUAGAGGAUUAUACUACAAAACCUAUAGUCUUCAAGAUUUCCAAGUCGCACGUGAAAGACAAAGGUCUGAGUAA